AUGAAGUACACCGUCGCUAUCACCACGCUCAUCGCCAGCGCCAUGGCGACUGCCAUCUCCUCCGACUGCCCCAAGCCCUCGCACACCGCGACCGUCACCGGCAGCGCACCUGCCUCGUCGUCGACCGCUCCUGCCGACGCCGCGCCCACCGGCUACUUCGGCGUCAUCUCCUCCCGCAGCGCCUCGCCCAUCCACCUCCAGUCCCUGACCGCACGCGGCGGAAAGUUCUACCUCGGCGGCGGCCCUCCCUCGUCCUACUGCCCUUCCAACCUUCCCGCUGGAAGCUGCCCUCCCGGUAACACUACUGUGCUGGCUGGCGGCCAGGGAACUCUCUCCCUUGGCGUUGUCGUCCCUGGUGGCCAGGAGGUCUACGUUGCGCCCGGCGGUGCUCUCCAAUACACCACCGCCCACUCCGUCUCCAAGCCCGAGGGCUCCGACGUCACUGGCUUCAGCCGCACUGCGCCUGCCAACGGCAACGCCUUCGGAUACCUCGAAUACGAGACUGGCUUCGUUGCCUGCCCGGCUGGCGAGGGCGAGGGAUACCAAGUCUUUGGUGCCGUUGAGGACGGCGAGUUCUCUGAUGAGUGCCUCGGUUUCAGCGCUCUUACUGUUGCGACCGAAGAUGCUGGUGCCUGGCAAUACUAG